GGGAAGAGAGAGAGAGAGGCAGAGAGGGGAGGGGGACUAAGUGAAUGCAGUUUGCCGUCGCGUGUCGCCGACUCACAGCAAAGUCUACAGACAGGCAGGAGGACAGAUUGGACCUGAAUCAACAAAUGGAUACAGAAAAACUGGAAUUACACUGGAUAUGAGGAGAAAAUAAGGGAGGACGAAGAGUCAGCCUUCAUCUCUUUUUAUCUCUGCAUCAGAUAGCGCUGUGAGGAACCCACAGGGAGGCAGAGGAACACAGCGGACAACUCAUUUCUCUCUAACAUCCUUGGAAGCCGAGGAGGAGCUAGAAUACAGCCAGAUUGGAUUUAAUAUAUGCUUUUGCCGCUGUGUGUGUGCGUGUAUCGGUAGUGUGUGAGAAUGUGUGUGUGAGCUGAUAAUAGCAGCCCCAUUUGUAUUCAGUGGAGGGAGCUCCAGGAUCUCGCUGCGCCUUUCCCCAGGAUGGGAUCACAGAGCAGGGAUUGUGCUCGCCUGUGGAAUGCCCUGCUGAAAUGGAUCUGAAGCCUCACAGAGAUGGACACCAAAAUGGACAGCAUGGAUGCCAGUAGAGACCCUGCGGCAACGAGCUUUCUAGACCUGACUGCCUUCGACUUUGUCAGCCAUCAGCCUGAACCAUCCCAGCAAGGACUGAAGCUGGACAAGCUUGACUGAGAUCCUGAGAGCUCGAAACAGAGUCGACAGAAAAAGGAGUCAAAUUAAAAUCCAGUCCACCUGUUGAGAGCAUCAGUAAAAAGCUUCUUGGACUUCAUCUGAAAUGAAAUGAGCUGCAGUGAUGCUUGAGAAAUGGUAUGGAGCUUUUGGACAUGUCCGGAUUUAUCGCCUGGAUAUCCUAUCGAGAUUACGACACUUUAGUGCACACUUUAGAGCUGGGCCUCUUUUCCAGAUUGGCUUGUGGGCCAAAGCAAGUAAUUGAAAAUCCCCCCUUGAAACGCUCUUUCUUCUGAUUUUUUGUGAGGGAGGACGUUUUUUUUCUAAGGAAGCAAUUUUUUAAAAAACCCACUCCAUAUCCCACAUUUUCCCCCAUCUUUUUUUUUUUCACCAUUUUCUCUCACGUUGUGGAGUAAUACAUUAUGAAGCAUCGCCCUUCCUUUUCAUCCCCCCUUGGUGACAGAGAGACAGGAGGGACAGACUGUCCAGAAUAGAUAACGAACAAGGAGACUGACACACAGGAGAGGAAAUAGAGGGAAACAGGUAGAGAAGAGAAAUAAGAAGACAGAUAAGGGAAAUAAAAAAUAAAAUUUACUGGGGUUGUUAGUAAUCCUUUUGGAGACUUUCCGAUUCGUCUCUACCGUGUUGGAGGCUAGUUAGCGCAAUGGGCAGGGGAGGGGUCAGGAUUUACACUAGGGGGGGCACUUGAGCAGGAGAGUAGGCUUAUGUCCCCCCUGCACCCACCUAAUUUGAAUCUUAGUGUUUGGCAGGAAGACAGACUGAAAGAUGUCCUGGUAAACAGACAGCUAUACCGAAUGACAGACAAGCUCUGAGGCUAGAGAGAGAGACAGGAAGAGAGGAAGACAGGUACACAGCCUUUUCCAAGUGUCAGGCAGAGAGCCAGGCAGACAUCCAGUGCAGGCACAGUAGACAGCGUGCAAUUCAUUGUCAUUCUUUGCUGCCUGCAAGGGAGAGACAGAGAGAAGUAAAGAAAGCAGAGACAGGAAGGACAAGAGGAGCAUCCCUGUGUUUGUAGCUUGUGGAGGAUCUCACUUCAUCUGCAUCCACCUCAGUCAAGAGCCCAUGCUCUGAAAAAAGAAAAACAGGCAGUGAGGGAGGGGGCUGUUACUAGAAAGGAAAGACAGGUUGGAGAGAGAGAGUGAGGGAGGAAGAGAAACAGAGGGAGCGAGCAGGUGUCGGAAAUCCUCCCCUUCAUCUGCUUGUCAUUUACUCCUUUAUGUUCUCUCGUCGUCUGGCGAAGUGAUUGGUUUUCUGAUGCUGGCGUUCCUCUGCACAUAGCCCCCACAUCACCACCACCACCACCGCCAGCACCACUGCUACACCCGCCCCCCCCCCCCCCCCCCAACCCUCCACAAUCCUGAGGAGCUGGGCAGACAGAGGGAAAGCAGUAAAAGACAGAAUAAAAGGAAAGGUGGAGCACUGUUGUGAUUGACUAAUUUUUCACCCCAUUUCUUUUCUUAUUUGUCAAGGAGGGCUCUUGUUAUUUCUUCACUUCUUCUCAGAGAAGAAAAACACAGUCCAAUCAAUCCCUCAUUCUCUUUGUAGACAGAGUUGAACCUCUCCUUUCAUCAAGUGUUGAUUUUUCUUGCCUUGUCCUAAAGGGAUUAUUUCCUCCAUCUCAGUAUAAACACUGGAAUCCUUCAGAUUCCCUCCAUAUGUCCUUAGCCCCCAAAUGACACAGUGUGGACCCCUCUGAUUCCCCCUUGGCAUCCCCCACCCUCAACUGAAGUGCUGAAACCCUUUGGUCUCACAUCUCAAUGCCUGUGUUGACUCACCACUACAGCGAUAAUAUGGCACAACGCUUCUGAUAACGUCUGAUUCAUUCUGUGGUGGUACAGGCAGCCAGCAGACCGUUCUCCAUGAGGAGCAGUAGAAGAUGCCGGCUCUGCCAGCACUGCUGCUGUCAAUACGCUUCCUCUCUUUCCUGCUAGUCACCAUGCCGCCAUACUCCCUCUGUCAGGCCCCCUUGCUCUCCUCCGUCCGCAUGGCGGCGAUCCUGGACGACCAGUCUGUGUGUGGGCGCGGGGAGCGGCUUGCGCUGGCUCUGGCCAGGGAGAACAUCAACAGCGUGAUGGAGGGUCCGGCCCGAGCCCGAGUGGAGGUGGACAUAUACGAGCUGCAGAAAGACUCCCAGUAUGACACGACUGACACCAUGUGUCAGAUUCUACCCAAAGGCGUCGUCUCUGUGAUAGGUCCCGCCUCCAGCCCCGCCUCUGGCUCUACUGUCAGUCAUAUAUGUGGCGAGAAGGAGAUCCCUCAUGUAAAGAUCGGUCCGGAGGAGACUCCCCGCCUGCCAUACCUGCGCUUCGCCUCUGUCACUCUGUACCCUAGCAACGAGGACCUGAGCCUGGCCAUAGGAGCCAUCUUGCGCUCGUUCAGUUACCCCUCUGCCAGCCUCGUCUGUGCCAAGGCUGAAUGCCUGCUGAGAUUGGAGGAACUGGUGCGCCGCUUUCUCAUCUCCCGGGAGACGUUGUCAAUCAGGAUGCUCGAUGACAACCUGGACCCUACCCCGCUGCUGAAGGAGAUCCGUGACGACAAAGUGGCCACCAUCAUCAUUGAUGCCAAUGCGUCUGUCUCCUAUCUCAUCCUAAAGAAGGCGUCAGAGCUUGGGAUGACAUCAGCAUUUUACAAGUACAUCCUCACCACAAUGGACUUCCCGCUACUGAGACUGGAUGACAUCGUAGAUGAGCAGUCCAACAUUGUGGGUUUCUCCAUGUUCAACACCACCCAUCCCUUCUAUUUGGAGUUCAUCAGGAGCCUCAACCUCUCGUGGAGGGAGGGCUGUGACCUAACGUACCCCGGCCCCGCGCUCUCGUCUGCACUGAUGUUUGAUGCGGUGCAUGUGGUGGUGGGGGCGGUGAGGGAAUUGAACCGCAGUCAGGAAAUCGGAGUGAAGCCGCUCAGCUGCACAUCACCUCAGAUCUGGCAGCACGGGACCAGUCUUAUGAACUACCUGCGCAUGGUGGAGUAUGAUGGUCUGACCGGCCGUGUGGAGUUCAACAGCAAAGGUCAGAGGACCAACUACACCAUGAGGAUCCUAGAGAAGCACAGAGGAGGUCACAAAGAGAUCGGGAUCUGGUACUCUAACAACACCCUUGCAAUGAACUCCACCAGUCUGGAUAUCAAUGUGUCAGAGACGCUGGCAAACAAGACCCUCAUUGUCACCACCAUACUGGAGAACCCGUAUGUGAUGCGCAGAGACAACUACCAGGACUUCCAGGGCAAUGACCAGUACGAGGGUUUCUGUGUUGACAUGCUAAGGGAGCUGGCAGACACCUUAAAAUUCUCCUUCAAGAUCAAGCUGGUGGAUGAUGGGCUGUAUGGUGCUCCAGAGCCCAACGGCUCUUGGACUGGAAUGGUUGGAGAGCUUAUCAACAGGAAAGCAGACCUGGCCGUGGCAGGCUUCACCAUCACGUCGGAGAGAGAGAAAGUUAUCGACUUCUCUAAGCCGUUCAUGACCCUAGGGAUCAGCAUCUUGUACAGAGUUCAACUGGGUCGGAAGCCAGGCUACUUCUCCUUCCUUGAUCCUUUCUCUCCAGCUGUCUGGCUCUUCAUGCUGCUCGCCUACCUGGCUGUCAGCUGCGUGCUCUUCCUGGCUGCAAGGCUGAGCCCCUACGAGUGGUACAACCCUCACCCGUGUCUGCGAGAACGCAGGGACAUGUUGGAGAACCAGUACACCCUGGGAAACAGCCUGUGGUUCCCUGUGGGAGGUUUCAUGCAGCAGGGAUCAGAGAUUAUGCCCAGAGCUCUGUCCACCAGAUGUGUUAGUGGAGUGUGGUGGGCUUUCACCCUGAUCAUCAUCUCCUCCUACACGGCCAACCUAGCAGCCUUCCUGACUGUGCAGAGGAUGGAGGUCCCCAUCGAGUCUCCUGACGACUUGGCUGACCAGACCAACAUUGAGUAUGGCACCAUCCAUGGAGGGAGCACCAUGACCUUCUUCAUGAACUCGAGAUACCAGAUCUACCAGCGCAUGUGGAACUACAUGAACUCCAAGCAGCCCAGUGUCUUUGUAAAAAGCACAGAGGAGGGCAUCGCCCGUGUGGUCAACUCCAAGUACGCCUUCCUGAUGGAGAGCACCAUGAACGAGUACCACCGCGGCCUCAACUGCAAUCUCACGAAGAUCGGUGGCCUGCUGGACACAAAGGGCUACGGCAUCGGCAUGCCACUGGGGUCUCCGUUCAGAGAUGAGAUCACACUGGCCAUCCUCCAGCUGCAGGAGAAUAACAGGCUGGAGAUACUGAAGAGGAGGUGGUGGGAGGGAGGCCAAUGUCCCAAAGAGGAGGACCACCGUGCCAAGGGUCUUGGCAUGGAGAACAUUGGGGGCAUCUUUGUGGUGCUGAUCUGUGGCCUCAUCAUUGCCGUGUUCGUGGCCAUAAUGGAGUUUGUGUGGUCGACACGCCGCUCGGCAGAGACAGAUGAGGUAUGCCCUCAUACCUGCCCUCGCCGACCCCACAGACACACCCCAGUGUCUGUCUGUCGGGAAAUGAUCACAGAGUUUCGAAACGCCGUCUCCUGUAAGAAGAGCUCCCGUAUGCGCCGCCGUCGGCCCCUCAGCAGCUCGGCAGCCCUGCGCCACCCUACACGCAUAUCUCUAGGGGCCCCCCGACCUCUGCGUCUGGUCCGGGAGAUGCGCCUCAGCAACGGGAAACUCUACAGUGGAGUUGGAGGUGGAGGAGGUGGGGCAGGAGGGACAAGCCCUUCUGAUCUGGGACCUGGGCCUCAGCGGAUCCUGGAAGAUCCCCUGGGUGCCAACACCACUCCUCCUCCACCAGCCCCGACCCCUGUAAUGCUGCCGGCUCGCAGCUGCACCCACGUUCGGAUCUGCCAGGAGUGCCGGAGGAUCCAGAACCUGAGGUCAGGGACAAGUUUAGGAUCAACCACAACCAGAAUACCACCUUCAUCAGCACCUCUGCCCAGGCUACCCCCUCCCCCUCCUCAAUCCUCAUCCAACACAGACAGUGAGGGCGGAGGGGGGCCCAGCCCAAGACGGCACCACCACAGCCCUCCUCCUCAUACACCUCGGCCCAUUCCACCGCCACAGAACAGCAACACCACAGACCUGCUAGGAGAGCAGGACUGAGACGCAGUGGGCGGGGUGAGUGUGACUGGGGAUGAGGUGGCGGAUGAAUAUUUGUGCUGAUGAGAGAAACUCUGCUCAAAGAGGGAGAGGAGGGGGGAAUAAAACUAAACUCUGCAAGCUGAUAGAAAAUGAGACGACCUUUAAAAGGGGAAUAAACAGGAAAAACUGUUAACCUUUCUCAUGAUGAGCCUGAGGCCGACAGAACCAGAACUGGCUACAAGCAGGCUGUGAGACGGUCGUCAGUAAAUCUUCUAAAAUCGACUCAGAGCAACAGUUAAGUUUGGACAAAUCUGAGUGAAAACACAUGACCAGGUGAUGGUUUCAGCUUGCCUCCUUUCUCUCCUAACUCCCCCCUCUCACUUCACCUUUAGAUUUGAGGGUGCUGGUUUUCUUCCACAGUCACGCCCCUGGAAAAUAACUACCGCCUCUAGUAAAGUGAAGCCUUGAUGGAGGACAUACUGUAUCUGUAUGUGAUUUAAAACUAAGCAACUAAAAGACUUCCAGAGAAAUAUUUCCUGUUGUUUUUUUUCUUUUGUUGUCUUUUUCUUGUUUUGUUACCAUUGUUCAAAGUGGGAAUUUCAGAGUUAAAUACAGACUAUGUGUGACAGUAUGGUGGAUUAUAACAUACUAAGAAACAUGACUGUGCUUUGUGCCCCUCCCUGUGCCCCAUGGCUGCUUUUUGGAUGCUAUCAGAAAGGAUGGAUGAACAACUUUAAGGCUAAAUGAUGCAAAUAGUAGCAGAGGAAACUGUCAGUCUACCUAUCUUUACACUAUGUGUGUGUUUGUAAAAAUGUUUACUUCCUGUAGGUCUGUCUGUUACGACUCAAAAUGAGGAGGAACAUGUACCCAGCAACAGCACCCGACUACAAAUUAGACCGCCACAAAAAGAGGAAUGAGAGAGAGACAGAAACAGAGUUAGAGAGCACGAGGCUUUGAAAUGUGAAAUUAAUGUCCCUCGUUAUCCUGGUAACGCUUGCCAAGCCUUUACUUCUUUUUCACCUCUGUUCACACAGCCCAAAAGAGAUAGAGACCGGGUGAGGCAGAGACAGAGAGGCAAGAUAGAGAGAAACAGAAAGAGAGUAGAUAGGAGGAAUCAGAGAGUGAAAAGGACACUACUGAAUCUGAAUGAGAAAUCCCUAACUGAACUACUUCCAUUAUUAGAUCUGUCCUGAUCUGUUAAUUCUGGGCAUCUUUUAAGGGGCUUGUUAAUGCGCCAGUGGGCUGUAGCUGCAGCGUCUUCUCUUUCCUCUGUUUAACACACAGACUUGGCCGUCCACAGCACAGACUCCUGCCAGAGUGAUAGACUCAACAUAGCCUUGUCAAUACUGUCUCGAGCUUUUGAUCGCCUAAUUACUCCCCUCGGUGGCUGGGGACUCAUUCAGGAGGGGGGACUGAACACAGGGAAACAUGCUGAUAAAUAGAUUUAAAAGAAAUGCAGGUUUUUUCACUCUGACUGGGAAGCAAAGCUGGUCUCUUUUAAUUAUGCUGUUAAAGUUACAGCACUAACUCUGUCUGAAACUAAAACAAUCUAAAUGCUACAGUAUAUUAGCCACGGUGCUUAAAGGGAAUACACUGGUGGAUUUGUGGAUUUUAGCCCUUAAGCUUCAAAUUGUGUACACUUUAAUUGUUGAUGAAAAUUCAACGCAUACCACACGUUUAUCCACAGACUUCAAAUCCCCCAUAGCGACUGCUUUUACAACAUGAUAGACACAUUUGGUUCAGGUAUCAGGUCCAUCAAAAGGCACAUUAGGGGGCGCUGGUAGUCUAGUUCUUACUGCGCACGCCCCAUGUACUGUACAGAGGAAAUCCUCCUCUGACCUGUGGCUCCUUUCCCCACACUCUCUCUCUCUUGCUCUCUCUCGCUCUCUCUCGCUCUCUCUCUUUCUCUCUCUCUUGCUCUCUCUCUCUCGCUCUCUCUCUCUCUCUCUCUCUCUCUCUUUCCCUGUCUGAUUUGUGACUCUAAUCAAUGUCCUGUCCCUGAAUUAAGGCAUAAAAAGCCCAAAAAUAAAUCUUAAAAAAAAAAAAAGCACAUAACAGGAUCAAGAUAUAUUGUAUAUCUCUGAACUUUAGUAAAAGCAGUGAACCAAAAUAAGGAUAGAUUUGUGACUAAUAAGUAGCUAAAGCUUCAUAUUCUUCUUUGCUAUCAACCUCCAUAGUUUCACGUAAAUUAGUUAAAUCAUUGCACUGGUCAAACAUUUGUGUUUCAUAUGAAAACUACAGUGCCUAGCUGUUUAAAAAACAAUCAAUGUAAGACAGUGUAUGUGUCUCCAACUGGCGAGAGUCAGGGACCAAAUGAGCUGUUGGCUAGUAAAAGGCUGGGGAAGAACUGAGACGAACUUACACACUGACAUUGAUUUUAAUGGAUUUGUCGACUAUAAAAAAGUAUCACCAGCCUUAUCCUGUCAGCUUUAUUUAGACACCAUUGCCCUCCCAUUAUUGCUCAUUUGUAGGCAGAUCAAUCAUCGUAUUAAUCCAAAUGGUAUUAAGCUCUUGGCCUCAUUGACUUUCAGGACUCUACAUAAAACAGAUUAGAUCACUAUCGAUCCAAACAGUGAGCUGCAAUCAACUUAUUUACACAAAGUCAUGACAAAUAGCAGGUGUCGAAUCAGGCUACUACAGCAUGAGCCUUACAAACACCUCCCCGGUGGAGCUUUUAUAUGAGGGCGCUGCUUUCUGUUUGGUGAACGUCCCCCUAUCAGAAAGUGUCAAACAGUAUCAGCAGUGUUAUGUCUCCUGACACUUUCUACAAUAGUCUAUAAUCCUUCAUGUUAUGUUUAUUUCUAUUUGACAUCAUUAUCAACUGCUGUAUUAGCAUUUUCUGCACCGCAGGUCACUGACUCAUCAGUGUCUCAGUGUUCAUUCAAUCAGUUACCUAAUCACUUCCUAAAAUAUGCACUGUGGAGUGACUCACUACUCACUGAACAAGAAGAGGUUAUAUAUUCACACCCUUAGCUACAGUGCAGUAAGUGUACUUCUACUUAAGUUGGGGGUGUUCAGGGAAAAGCUAACAUCAAUAUUCAAAGCGUAAAUAUUACAUUUUCAAUGCAACCGAUCUGUGAAAUCCCGCAAUCCUUUUCAGUGUCACGAGUUUUAAUGACUGUGGUGGUUUUUAACACUUGGGUCAGUUUUUUUCCACCUCUUGCACACGUUUUUCUUCUCUUAUCACUGAUAGUUUCGAAUGCCAGUUCCCCAUUUUUUCUCUCUCUCUGAUAACCUCUUGACAUUCAUGAGUGUCCUCCAAAACACGCUGAGGAAUUAUUGCAGCACUGUCGACUUGAUCCCUCACUGGCUUCUCAUCCAUUUACAUUCAGCAGUUAUACAAAGUAUGAGAGGAAACAUACAAAACCACCAGUUCAGUCCUUUUUUAAGUCAAAGUGUGAAAUUAUGUAUUUCUUAGCUGUGGAACACAUUUGUUGAAACUCUAACUUUAUCCAGCUCUUUCUGUCUUGACUUGUUGCGUCUCUUUCUCUCCGUUAUUUCUUCCUUUUGUGUUAGAAUGAUGACAAAACAACAGCUGUCAAACACUUUUCCAGAAUAAGUCACUGCACAGACACAAGCUCAUUAACAAAGACACACGACUAAUUGGAUUCUGAUUUUCAUUUCUUCUCUAAAGACUACACAUUCACUGUUUGUUUUGUUGUUUUCAAAUUUGUCUUCAGAGUCCUUCUUCCAUGUCUUUUUUUUUACAUGUAAAAAUUAAAAAACUUUUUUUUUAUUUGUGACAGUACCACGGAGCCAAAAGGUGGCUAUCAACUAAACCAUCAGCUGAAAUUAGCUGCAAAGCAUUAUCGAAGGGAGCCAAAGAGAAGCCAAAAUAUCAGCUGUGUGGAUAGGAAAGGGAAGGGAGGGUCACAAAACAAAUCAGACGGGGUGUCUGAACGUCACUCCGCAAAACAAACCUUUUAUGUUUACUUUUAUGUUCUUUUCUUUGGUAUUUUUUCAUAUUUCUAUACUAGUGCUAAAUGGAUUAUUAAAACUGAUGAUGAAUAUUAUGAUUAAAUUGUUGUUAUUAUUCCUAUUGAAGAGCAAGAGGUUCUAUAGUCUAACUGUGGUGUGGUGACGGGUGGGAGUGGGAGGUGCUGGGAUGAAGGUGCAAUGAUGUUCUUCAGAGAGACUGCCCUGUUGUUCAAACCUAUAGACACACAGACUACUUUUGGAAUAAAAAACAUUCAAACAGUC